AUGGGGGAAGCGCUGUGUGUAAAUGCUCUCAAACCUGGACCAUGCUGUUGCUGUUCAGAGAGACAGGGCUCUCAACACAGUCAGAGUACCCAGUCCGUGGAAGUGGAGUCUAUGAUGGAGUUAUCAGAUCUGAACAGAGUGCCACAUCCCAUGGAUUCACUCCAGUGGUUCCAAACAUUCCAGCUACAAAAGUCUGGGAGGAAGAGACCACGGAGUAACAACGAUCCUUCCCAGCAGACAGAUUUUGUGAAGAGAUUCCAGUGGCAGAGACAGAGCCUCCCGUUUGGAACGGCUUCAUCCUACCUGAAUCUGGAGAAGCUGUGCGAAGGUUCUUACUCUACAGUUUACAAGGGGAUUAGCAGAAUAAAUGGCCAGUUGGUGGCUUUGAAAAUAAUCAAGCUGGAGACAGAGGAAGGAGUGCCUUUUACCGCCAUCCGAGAAGCUUCUCUUCUCAAGAGUCUGAAACAUGCCAAUAUUGUGCUCCUGCAUGACAUUAUCCAGACAAAGGACACACUGACAUUUGUCUUCGAGUACAUGCACACGGAUCUGGCACAGUAUAUGGCCCAGCAUCCUGGAGGACUUCAUGCUCACAAUGUCAUGCUCUUCAUGUUCCAACUUUUGCGAGGCCUGGCUUAUAUCCACCAACAACACAUUCUUCAUCGUGAUCUGAAACCCCAGAACUUGCUCAUCAGUUGCCUGGGCGAGCUCAAAUUAGCUGACUUUGGUCUUGCUCGUGCCAAGUCCAUCCCCAGUCAGACAUAUUCCUCUGAGGUGGUGACGCUCUGGUACCGUCCUCCUGAUGUGCUUCUCGGAGCCACUGAUUAUUCUUCUGAUUUGGAUAUCUGGAGUGCAGGCUGUAUAUUCGUUGAAAUGCUCCAGGGUCAACCCAUGUUCCCAGCAGUUACUGGUACUCUGGAACAGCUGGAGAAGAUCUGGGCGGUGCUGGGGGUUCCAACUGAGGAUACCUGGCCAGGACUUUCCAAGCUUCCCAACUAUAAACCAGAGAGGGUCAUCUCCAGUAGACCUCAGGGGCUCCAGAUGAUCUGUGCCAGGCUGGGCCGGGUGCCAGGAGCUGAAGACCUGGCAUCGAAAAUGUUAAAAGCUUUUCCUCGAGAGCGGGUCUCUGCACAGGAUGCACUUGUUCAUAACUUCUUCAGUGCUCUGCCAUGUCAGCUGUAUCAGCUUUGUAAUGCACAGUCACUGUUUACAGUUCCAGGAGUGAGGCUGCAGCCAGAAAUCUGUGACCUAUUUGCUCCUUACCAGAGGGGUCAUCGCCAAGCCAAUUCAAGCAAGUUUUAGUGAAAAACAAGAAAAACAAGAAUGUUCAACGGCCUUUUAGUUUAACGUCCGUCUGCCAGCUGAUUGGAUUCCCUUCUACAGAAGUGGAGGUCAUCCAAACUAUUCAGACCCAUCUCCCCACAGAAGGUGGACCAGUGUUCUACAAAACACAGACCUUCCACUCUAAGCCACUCACCUAGCCCAUGGUUCACUUCCAGAAUCUUCUGCCUUCUGUCUUUCUUCGCUUGCGGGACUGGAAGGAUCUCAGAAAAGAUCGCUUGGGUAGUCUUCUUCUUCAGCAUGCGCCCAAGUUCCAUGAUGCCAUCUAUUAUCGGUGAGAUAUUCCACAAUGCAGUGUCUUUAAUGCCAACGUGAACCAUGACCAACGGAUCCUUGCCCGUCCAUUUCAGAAGCCUAGCCAAUCUUCAAGUAACAUCUAAUGUCUUGGCUCCAGGUAGGCAGAACGCCAUGCUGUUGUCCACUUCUAUGUUCUUUCAGCUCUUCUGAGUACUGAAUUCCUAACAAGGAUCAUCUAUCUUCCUUGGACAGUUGGAGAAUUCUUUGUGGGCAAACUGACUUUUCUUACGAGUUGGGCCAAGCUGCCAUCCACAGAAGUA